AUGGCCCGGAAGAAGACAGACAUUCCAGAAGACCCCGCCCUUAGGAAUGAGUACUUUAACAAAUUUGCCGCCUCUGCACUAUACGAUGCUGAUUAUAUUGCAAUCUAUCUGGACGCCCAGCUUUCAGCAGAAACAGGAAUACCGUCGAUUUCUUCUCUCUUGACUCAUCCUGCUUGUAGAGCUCAAAAUCUGACCAUCGAUGCUUUUGUGACUACGCGUCCCUUCAUGGAGGAAACUGUAUCCGAAGCAGCCAUUGCUUCUGGCAAACCAGGGGCAAAUCUUAUGCUUACCAAUCCUAAUCUGUUCUACGGAUUUUGGGGCACGCAGUAUAACUCCAUAAUGGAUAUAGAUCCUGGAAGCUUCUACCCUACAGUUCUCGGCUGGGCAUAUAGCGUUUUGGGCAAACAACCCAUACCCGUUGGAGAUACUAAGUCGGCAAAGAAGCCUCCGGCUAAGUACCAGAUAAUAACAACGUGUGUCGAUGGGCAUGGGCUGAAGGCCAUAGAAGCCUAUGAACCCACCUUCAAAAGCAACUUUACUGAGUUAGAUGGAAGUCUGACUAAUUGGGUUUGCGCUCGCCCGUGCCAAAAGACCCCUUGGAGCUUUUACAAAGAGUUCCGAUUUCCUGUCAAUGACAAUCUACUUGUCGAAGACCAAAUCAUCAGGCAGGGGCGCGAUCUAUCGGACCCUGCACCUCAGAGCCUACACACUAUCACGAGCUUCAAACGGAAAUAUGGAGGCUCUGGAACUACCAACACAUCUAUAGAGAGGAUACAAAAGCCCACCAGCGCACACCCUCGUUGUCUCCAGUGUGGCUGUCUUGCUCGACCACAACUUAAACCGGCAAACCCAAAAGGUAGCCAGCUUCCGACGCCUAUAAAGACAUGGUAUACAACAGUAUGUAAGGAUAUUUGGCCUGAGCUAGAUGGUGAGGCCAUGGACAUCAUUCUGCGACAUCACUACACGUACCUACCUGCCAAUAAGAAGCCCCCCAAACCUCGUGGGGGAUGCCGGCGGAAACUGGUCAUAAUAGAACUGGGCUGUUCCUCUAAGUCAGCCCUUAUCCGCGCUGAGCACGACAGGGUUCUAGCAGAAGGCAAAGGGACUGUUAAUUUGAUCAGAAUGGGUAAGAACGAAGGCGAUCUUCAGCGAGAUACAUCCAUGGAUGAGCAGGCGAUUGAGCAGGCGAAGGCAGAACGGGUUGAGAUAAACUUUGAGGCACUAUAUUAUCCCAUCGUCGCCCCCACAAUAACGGACGGAAUUGCUACGCUCCAAGAGUUCAUUGAUACACGUGAUAGCUGGAUUCAAGAGUGGGAUGAUCCGAAACGCCGUGCUUUGAGAUACUCCAAAAAGAAGUGA